AUGGAAAUUUUAGAUGUAUUAGAGAAUAAAAGGUCAGAUGUAAAUCCUGCUUUACUAGCACUUAUUGAAAAUUCAAUAGAAGUUCUUACCAAGGCAAUUUAAAAUUUCGGAGAGAAUUUAGCACUAAGUUUCAAUGGUGGAAAGGAUUGUACUGUGGUACUUCAUUUACUAAGAGCAGCUAGUCUCAUUGAAGAUAGGUAAAGCAAAGAAGAAACCAGCUGGCUGCAAAGAAUUAAAUAUGUUCACUUUGUAAAAGAAAAUGAAUUUGAGGAGAUUGAGUAAUUCAGGAACUUUAUUGAACACAAUUACAACAUUAAGGUAUAGCUAUACUCAUCUGAUUUCAAGGGAGAGGUUUAGAAGUUGAUUGAUCAGCAUGGUAUUGAAGGCAUCAUUAUGGGCAAUAGAAAAAGUGAUCCAUGGUCGCGGGAACUAGAACCUAUUUGUAAAAGUUCACCAGGCUGGCCUGAGUUUUUCAGAGUGUUUCCAAUUUUAGACUGGUCUUAUCAUAAUGUUUGGGAGUUCCUAAGAUUCUUCGAUCUCCCUUACUGUAGGUUAUAUGACCUAGGGUACACUUCUCUUGGAGAAAAAGAUAAUUCCAUCAGAAAUCCUCAUUUAAGAGUAGAAAAGUAACUUGAUUCAGGAGAAAUAAUAGAAGAAUUUAACCCUGCCUACUAGCUUGAAAACGAUGAAUAUGAAAGAGAAAGUAGAAUUAAAGCACCAGUUAUUUCUUCUCCUCCCAAAGAUAAAUAAUAAUGA